AUCUUAAGGGAUGAAGAUGACGAUUGUAUGAUUACGGGUACAAGUAUGAAAACCAUAUGUAGGAUGGAUAAAAUACAUCUUAAGGGAUGAGGAUGAUGAUUGUCUGGUUACAGGGUACAAGUUCAUUAAGAACAUAUCAAUUUUAUAGUGUGAUACAUUGGCAAUCAAGGAGGGUCGUAGAAAUGCGAGGAACAAUACAUGAACAUGUAAUAUACAGUUUCAGUGUCUCAAUUUUAUGCAUUAGAGCAUCGUAUUAGGCCCCAUCAACCACUAAGAAAUUAUUCAUUUUACAUUAAUCAUAUUAAUCCUAGGAUCUUAAUGCCUACAAAUCCUUUUAUCAAUUAAAAUAUAAAAAUGAUCAUGUAUCUCAAAUUUUAUAAAAAUUCUAGAUUUCAUAAAAAAUGUAUUAAUUAAAACAUAGCUUGAAUCCUUUUCAAUAGGAGAGGAGGAAAGAUGUCAUAUAUGGUAUAAAUCCUAAUUUUAAUUUCGUAAAUAGUAUUUAAUUAACAUACUGUUCCAUUAUUGUUUUUUAAAAUAAGGAAUAAUCUUGAUGUCUGAAAAUUUUUAUUUCCAUUCUAUAGAACACUCAUUAGAAAACAAAUUAUGCUGGGAUAUGACAUAUUAGUAAUUAAGGGAUAAUUUAUUUAGGAAAUAAUAAAGAAAUAUGCUGAUUAUAACAUAUAAGCCGAACCGCCUCCAUCUUGUAUAAAUGGAUAUGAAACCAAGCCUUGCAGGUCUCAGCCUAAAGCAUCACAGUUUCUCAUAGCCCACAGCAUCAUGGGCAAGAGCAGAUUGGGUUUAAAGAGCAAUGCUUUGAAAAGACAGAAGGACUUCUUCAACAAAGAUCAAUCCAGGCUUGAACGUAAUGAGCUCACAUAUAGCGAAGAGUUCGGUGGUGCUUCCUCAACAGCUCCAUCUGGUUAUGUUGCUGAUCACAAUUCCUCGACCAAUUUGUUACAAUGUGAGAAUUACUUAGAAGAUUUAUGCCAUAAGAGGAAAUCUAUAGGAGAGGAAGCUUUGCAAAAGCUUAUUGUGGAGUUUGAAAAGCAUGUGCUGAAUGAGUUUGUUCAAAGCAGAUAUAUAACGUUAACAUAUCGAUGUUUAAAAUUAAUGACAAAGGGUCCCACAACUGAAGCUUAUUUAGCUUGCCGUGUCAUUGGAUUACUGGCUCUCACUGUUGACAAUGGCAAUGCUGCACAUGAGAUAAUGAAAGAAUCAGUUCCACAACUUUGUGAAGCUUUCAAAUCUGGCUCCAAUGCAUUCAAAAUACUGGUGUUACAAUGUCUGGCUAUUGUCACCUUUGUUGGUGCAAGUAAUCCAGAUGAGGUGCAGCUUUCAAUGAAAUAUAUAUGGGAGACAUGCAAUUCUGCAGAUUCUACCCACACUGUGUUAGCAGCAGCAUUAUCUGCAUGGUCAUUUCUCCUCUCAGCCAUUGAUGGGUGGAGGAUACAUUCGGAGUAUUGGAAGGGGUCUAUUUUGUUCCUUUCGAUUUUAUUGGAAAAAGAUCAGCAUUCUCUUUGUGUGGCUGUUGCUGAAGCUGUGGCCCUUAUUUCUGAAAUAGAUAGAAUAAAUAAUUUUUCCAAAGAAGCAUGUGCUACUUCUGUUGAAUCACUAAAAUGCAAGUUAUGUGCGGAAGUCAAGAAGCUUUAUGAGUGUGAGGAUAUAAUCCAUGAUAAAGAAUUCUUGCAAAACAUCCUGCAGUACUUUGAGACUGGUGUAUUUGAUGAAGUUAUAAUGAAGACUUCUAGUCAAGAUGUGAUUUUAAAGGUGUCAAAGUGGAGUCAAAUGAUACAGGUGAGGCACAUUAAGCACUUCCUUCAAAGUGGCUUUUCAAAGCACAUGAAGGACAACGAGCGACUUCAUGAUAUAUUUAAGUUCGUAGAAGUAAUUCAAGGAAAUCGUCGAGUUGAAAAGAUAUUUGUGCUAACAUCUGCUGAUCCAAAGGAAAGGACGAUGCUGAGAAAUAGACAACGAGCGUUGUCUCAGAUGAAGCAUUUCUCGGAUUAAUGCCUAUGAAGAAUAUAUCUACAAUAUGGAUUGAAUUGAUGAUGCAUGAAUCUUGCCACAUAAUCAACCAACUCAAGAAGAGCACAGAGAAGUUCUCUCUUGUUUCAUAGCAACAUUAACAGAUUAAUAUAAUUUGACAGUUUAUUAUGUUUCCAUUACCUUGUAAUUGAUAAUUUCUGGUGCAUGGAAGACAAUCUAAGUUAAUUUGCUUGAUUAGAAAGUAAUACUGAAAUUAUUAUGAUCUUUUUCUCAUUCAUAUGGAGGGCUUCACAAUGAUGAUGCAUGAAGUGUUUUGCCACUGACAUGACCUGUUACAGUUCCCAAGGCAAACGUGAUCACUUUUUCUCUGACAAGCAUUUACUUGACUGUUUUGUAGCUUUGAUUACCUAGUACAAACUCAUUUAUGAUUGUCCAUUGUUUCUCAAUAGCUCUCAAAAUCUAUCUUUCAAACUUGUGUUGCAACUUUUGUAGCUCAUAACCUGUUUCAGCACAGCUCUGAAGUAACAGGGAAGGUCAAUUUCCUUCACACUAUCACAUCAGUCAUCAAUAACUCAGUGCCACAUUCUGGUGGUGGAAGGCUUGUGUGAUGGAUGGUGACCAUCACAACUCAUCCCUAAUUUCUGGAACAGUGAUAGGGCAUGGGCAGAGUGGAAAAUAAGAGGAAACAGUAUCAUUACAGUUGCCAAGUUUGAACCCUGAGAGGUUGAGAUCCAAAUAAUGGAGCCAUCCUGUCAACUUAGUUGCAGAAAGAAACUAUGGCUUUGGAACUGCUUGAAGUCAUUCUGCAACACAAACUGAGGAAAACUUAUGUCAGCAUUGACAGCAUAACAUGAGAACUCUGAUCAUGUUUUUGUACUGGAUGUGAGAAAAUGUUCACCAGUGCAACUUUUACUUGAUCCUCA